CUCUACUUCAAGUCACAAUUUCACUUAACAAAGUUGAGCUCAGUGUGGGUGAAUCCAAGUUCUUCACAUGCACAGCCAUUGGUGAGCCUGAAAACAUAGAUUGGUACAAUCCACAAGGAGAGAAGAUUGUUUCUAGUCAAAGAGUGGUUGUUCAGAAAGAAGGCGUUCGGUCACGUCUAACCAUUUAUAAUGCAGAUAUAGAAGAUGCUGGUAUAUAUCGGUGUCAAGCAACAGACGCUAAAGGACAAACUCAGGAAGCUACCGUUGUUUUGGAAAUUUAUCAAAAGCUCACUUUCCGAGACAUAGUAUCUCCACAAGAGUUCAGGCAGGGAGAAGAUGCAGAAGUUGUUUGCCGUGUUACUAGUUCACCUGCUCCCAUUGUCAGCUGGUUGUAUCGGAAUGAGGAAGUCACAACUAUUGCUGACAAUCGAUUUGCAGUAUUAGCAAACAAUAAUCUCCAAAUUCUUAAUAUCAAUAAAAGUGAUGAAGGAGUAUACAGAUGUGAAGGAAGAGUGGAAGCCAGAGGAGAAAUUGACUUUCGGGACAUAAUUGUUAUUGUGAAUGUUCCCCCUGCAAUUACUUUGCUACAGAAAUCCUUUAAUGCCACUGCAGAUAGAGGAGAGGCAAUAACUUUGUUCUGCAGAGCCACUGGAUCACCUCCACCUGAAAUCAGUUGGUACAGGAAUGGCAAACUUAUUGAAGAAAAUGAAAAAUUUAUGCUGAGAGGAAGCAAUACAGAACUAACAAUAAGAGAUAUAAAAAAUACUGAUGCAGGUCCUUAUAUCUGUAAUGCUAAAAACAAAGCAGGAAAUGAUAAAAAACAGACUUUCCUUCAAGUUUUUGUACAGCCUCAAAUAAUACAACUUAAAAAUGAAACCACGUUUGAGAAUGGGAAAGCCACCCUCAUCUGUGAAGCAGAAGGAGAACCUAUCCCAGAGAUUACUUGGAAAAGGGCCAUGGAUGGAAUAACUUUCUCUGAAGGUGACAAG